UCCGCUGGGUGUGUGCAACUGCUCCCCUCUCCCUCCCAGGGGUCUCGACACUGAAUGCGUACCCUUUCGUCCCGCGCGGUGGAAGCAGCCGAGUUCCCCGCGUCCGGCAGCGGUGCGCGUGGUCGGCGCGGUAAGGGGUAACGGUUUGGGAUAACGGCGAUUUAUUUUGAAGGGGUUGGAUCUUCUCGCGCCGGCCGGUCAACAACAGCAGACCGUGGUGCGGUUUCUAUGGCGACGUGUGUUUUUUAAAGAGUUGGGCGGUGACGCCAUGUGAUAGACAUAGACAGAAACCAAUCGCAGUGCGGGAGAUGCCGAAAGGCAACCUAUUGGUGUGUUUCCAAGAUCCAAUCGGAGUGCAAUAGGCGGUGGAACCAGCGCAUUGCCAGAGUGACGGCGACUAUGUCUGCUGGCUGUCUAGGUGGUUGGUGUGGAGACGCCUUGGGCCUCUCGCUACCAAGCGCUGCUGGUAACCAGAGACAUCUCAACAGGUCUGAUCGCAUCUGAUCGAGGGAAACAGCGAUAAUAUGAUUAUGGGGGAGUAGUGCACAGGAACCGCAAAUGAAAAUCGUAUUGGGAUUAGAAAGAGGAACACAUGCAGAACAAUCAUCCUGUUUCUCUAGUCAGGAAGAUCGUAUAUGACCUUCUAUUUCAACAUACUCGCUAACACAUAGUACCUCACAAUUGGAAGAGGAUAAGAACAUGUUCUUCGAACGUUGAAGACCGAUUGGUGUUUGGUUUGUCAUCCUCAUGAUUUACUUUGUGGGUGCUUUAUCAGAUAUCUUGGACUCCAAAAAUUAACUUUGACUUGAAUAUAUUCAGUGACUAAUUGUCGACAGCUUCUGGGACAGGGAAUUCCAGAGAUUUAUAAUCCUCUGAGCAAAUAAAUUUCUCCUUAGUUCAGUCCUAAAUGAAAGACACCUUAUUCUAUCUGGACUCUUUAGCCAUGCAUGCCUUGUGGAUACACUCACAUACACACCUUAGAGGUCCGAACAAUGGCAGGAAAAACGAGAGGAAGUGUUUGUGAGAAACGAUAACUUUAAAAUGGGUGAGUACAAGGAUUUGUUAACUCAGUCUCUUACUGCAACAAAUCACGUUCAAGACUGCGCAAUUAUAAGUUUGAAAACUGCUUCAGUGGUGACAACAUCCAUCGGAUUCAAACUGGAGCCCGAAGAAAUUCAAGCCUUCCUUAAAACUUUCAACCAGCCAAGCAACUUCCGAGAUGAAGGGCUUUACUUUAAGAGCAUAACCUACUCAUGUGUCAGAGCAGAUGACAGUUCGGUGUACGGCAAACGAGAUAACGUUGGCCUGGUGUUAGUAAAGACAGGAUCAUAUAUUAUCUGUGCCACUUACAGGGAGGGGAUGUAUCCAAGUGUAUGUGUUGAAGCUGCAGAGAAACUUGAUGUUGUCAGAUCUGCUGAGUUUCUCCAGUAUUCUCUAUUUGUAUAGGUGAUUACUUUAGAUCAAAGGGUAAAUGAAAGGAUCAAAAACUGGUUUGUUUAUUUAUUGGUGCUACAAACAAACAGAAAAAUCACAGAAAACGACAAAAGCCAAUUGGUAAAUCAAAUCUACUUCCAAAGACCACGUGUAUUACAGACUCUACUCCCCCAUUUCUAUUGCAUACAUGCAUUGAAUGUUUUAUUACAAGAUAGCUAACAAGCCUUGUAAAUCAUUGUAGAAAUCUGUAAAGAGGGAGUUUGCUCAUAAAAGUACAAAUCAAAAACUAGUCUAAAAUUGUUUUUCCACUCUGAAAUUU